AUGUCUUCCUCGCGCAAGAAGCUAUUGAAGGUCAUUAUCCUCGGCGAUAGCGGUGUCGGCAAGACCAGUUUGAUGAACCAAUAUGUCAACAAGAAGUUCAGUGCUAGUUACAAGGCCACUAUCGGCGCAGACUUCCUCACAAAAGAAGUUCUGGUCGACGACCGACUAGUCACCAUGCAGCUCUGGGAUACUGCUGGUCAGGAGAGAUUCCAAUCGCUCGGUGUCGCUUUCUAUCGUGGUGCCGACUGCUGUGUGCUCGUCUACGAUGUCAACAACUCCAAGAGUUUCGACACCCUCGAUAGCUGGAGAGACGAGUUCCUGAUCCAAGCCAGCCCUAUGGACCCUGAGAGCUUCCCAUUCGUCGUGCUCGGCAACAAGGUGGAUGUGGAGGAGAGCAAGCGCAUGGUCUCAUCGAAACGUGCCAUGGCAUUCUGUCAAUCCAAGGGCGGUAUCCCAUACUUCGAGACCAGUGCCAAGGAAGCCAUCAAUGUCGAGCAAGCCUUCGAGGUGAUUGCCCGUAAUGCUCUGGCCCAAGAAGAGAGUGGCGACUUCAACGCAGACUACCCCGAAACAAUCCCCAUCAACCUCGACAACGAGCGUGACGGUUGCGCUUGUUAA